AUGCCAAAGGAAUCAUCAAAAAAGAAGACCAAUACCCGUAUUGAGAUUACUCGGGAGAUGAUGGCCAGAUAUUUCUAUUGCCCUCAAACACUCGCAGCAAGAUUGCUUGGUGUGAGCAUCAGCACUCUCAAGAGAAGAUUUUAUGAUUUACACAUGGGAAGAUGGCCCUAUCAAUGCAUUUCUCUCAAUGAAAGAAAGAAAUCCAUCUAUUUUCUCAUGAACGAAACUGAACCUGAAGAUGAAAAGGAAUUGGAUGAAAAGACUUGGACGUAUUUGAGACAUGCCUUUCGUGAUGCCAGUAAGCCUCUCUCGAGUACUAGUUCCAUGAAUCAUUCUUCGCAUUUAGCUUCACACGCUAACAACCACCAGAACUCUCCACAAUUUCAUUUGUGUUCCUUUGUGGAGAGCGAAGAUGGAAAAGUCAUGCCCACAACGACCAUGGUGAGUUGUACCGCUCCAACCACUCCAACCAUGAGUAGUGGCAGUGGAGGAGUGGAUGGAUGGAGUGGUGGUGGUGGUUCCUCUUCUGGAGGCAGUGCUGAUGGAAUGGAAGUAGUGUCCAAACAACAACAACAACGAACAAGAAAAGCACAACAGCCCACUCAUCUUGGAGGAAGUAUUUCUUCACCUCAACAACCAUUAUUGAUGAAACAUAUUGUCUUUCAUGGAGAAAAGAAAAAGAAGAAGCAACCACAACAUCACAAUGGCGUUCCUCAACAUGGUACUCAUAGAGAUGUUGUUGUUCAUCAUCAUCAUACCCUUGUGAACACACUCCCUUGCCAGGCUCAUUCCAGAGCAGCAGCAGCAGCAGCAUUGAACAUGACCGUUGAAGGAGACAAUCAUCCACCGUACUCGGGCCAACACUCUUGUGUGCAAACCAUGACCGCAAUGGGUGUGAGAUCUUGCGCGGUCAGUGGAGGUGGUCAUCAUCAUGAGGAGGAAGUCGUUGUGGUUGCCUCUCCUCCUGUUGCAAAUCAACAGCAACACCACCACCAUUAUUAUUAA